AUGGGGCCUGUGGAAACGGUUUCUUCGCCCGCAUUCCCUGUUUUGGACCCGAUCGUCAUCGACGACGAAAUGGAUAAUCCCUACCGAGAUACCGAUAUGGACUUUCUAGACCCCUCGCGGCUGCAGAUGGCUACGGACGCGGCGGGCCAAGAGUUUGACGAUCUUUUCUCUCGGGCGCCAGGUUCGCGGGCGAUGGCUAACGGGGAUUCAACCUCGCUCUCGCUGGCAGAACUGUCCCGGAAGAGGCACUACCAGGAACCGGACUCCUUAAACCAGCCGCACACCGUGGCUUCAGACUCUUCCGCCGACUCGCCAGGCACCUCGAGCCACAGCUCCUCGUCGGAAUCGCCCCGGAACCACCUUCGGCACACAAGCGUCGCCUCCACCAAUUCAGCGGUCUACAGCGAUCACACCAUGAUCCCGUCGGAGUUUCCCUCGGCGGAUUGGAUGAAUAAUGGGCUUCUGUCGAUGAGGGGGGAUCCAUUGUUUGGUCUGGAUGCCUCGUUGCCCGCACUGGAUGGGGGGUUUGCCAUGGAUACGGACCUCGAAUCGAGCAACCGAGCGAUGGAUGCCGCUUUCGACUUUGAGAGCGCUGCGAGUAGCCCAAGUCCUCUGAAGAGCGAGACGACACCGCAGCCACAGAUGCGGAAACGAGUCAAGGCCCAGAUGCGCAGCCCAUCAAAUCCCACAAGACAGUCCGCCUCACCUCUUCCUCCAGCUGCUCAAUCCUUUGCCGCCUGUGGUUUCCGAGAGAUUUCGCCGUUUUCUAUUGCCGGACCCCUUGGCCAAGCAAAGUCAGCCUCCAGCCAAUGGGGAGGGCAAUCACCAUCAUCCGUCCUAGAGGACUUUGGAGGAAUCGAUGUGAACGGUGGCUCUCCCAUGAACCCUGCGUUGUCACCCGGCUUGAAUUUCGGGGCCAACAGGCUCGCCUUUGGGAUGAAUUUGGCUCCCUCCCCGCCUCAGACGACCCUGAAGACCGAGAACCCUCACCGCUACAUGUUGACCGUCCACCCGACUUCGCUCAAGUCGCGAGUGGAAACCCAGAUCCCCAUCAGACUCACCCUCUUUCCGUUGCCUAAAGGCGCAAAAAGGCUCCGGUUACCCACCCAUACGAUCUCCAAGCCCAAGUUUCUCGCUCCCAUCGAUACGGCACGCUCCCCCGAGACCCUGGAGCUAUACACCAGUCUGGUCUGCACCAGCGCCAUGCAGGAUCAAGAUAAGCUCAAAAAGGCAUUUGCGAGAGCCAGAGGCGAGACAAACCAUCGUUCAUCGAGUUCGAGCCCAAAGAUCGACGAGGACUCUCAACAGCCAGAGGAGGACAAACCUUUGGACGGCGGGGAAGUUAAGAUCUGCAACGGGUGCAUUCAACGAGAACGAAAGCGUGCGUCGCGGAAGAAGCAGAGAAAGCCGGAGGAGGACGAGUUGUUCCAGAAAGACGAGGACAAGCGAGUCAUCGUUUUCAACACCAACGAGAUCAAGGAUUGGGCCGAGCCGUCGAAGAAUGCCGUCCCCAGUUACAAUGACACUCCGGCACCGAUCGUCCCUCCGGGAGCAGUACAGGUCGAGUUGCCGAUGCGUAUUGCCUGCUACUGUCGACACCAGAAUGAGAAGCUUGGCUUUCAGGUCAUCUUUACCGUCAAGGAUUACGAGGACAACGUGAUCGCCCAGGCCAUCACAAACUCGAUUAUGAUCACGGAUGACCACAAAACUCACGCGCCUCCAGCUCCUCCGGUGCCAGGUCCGACUCCUGCUCUUCCGGAUGGGACACACCUGCCAGGCGUCGGCGUGUUUGCCUCGGGCCCCACUGUCGAUGUGAGCAAGACGCCAUCUAUCAAUAGCCAGCAGUCCUUCCGUCUGUCACAUUCGACUACUGAUCUGCAGGGCUUACAACAGCGUCUCAGUCCGCAGUAUCCUCAUUCCUCCGGCGCUUUUGCGGUUCCCCAGAACUCCGUUAAUGGUGUCUCAAAUUCGCAAACCCCACGCAGCCUGUCACGACAAGCAUCGCCUGUUGAGUUCCAGGGUCCGUCGAGUAAACGACGCAAGCAUAGCAAUUCUGGAAGGGUUCCGUCCGAACUGGCAAUGACCAAACUCGAUACCCUUAACGGGUCGUCGGCCUCUCCAACCCUCAACGGUACCAGUCACAACAAUAACACCAACAGCAAUAAUAAUAAUAACACCACCAACAACAACAACAACAACAACAACAACGCCCAGUUCCAUCCAACGCGUGGCUUCGCUUCCCCGAUUGAGAGGCCGUUUGUGACGUCCUCGGCCAUGUCCGGGCAAUACGCAAAUGGACCGCCAACCCCCAAUGGGAAUGAUACCACCCCUUUCUUCAACCCCUCGGCGCAGCAUCAAACUUUGGAUACCAUUGUUCAGCAACAACUGAUGUCGGCACCAAACUCAGCGCAACCCAGCCGUCCCGGGACGCCUGGCGGCUCGAACCGCAACGGCUUCCAAGAUCAAGGCCUGGGUAUACCGCUAGGCCCAAAUACAACCAGUCAGAUGUGGCCUCCGUUGCCGGUUACGGGCAACCGGUUGCCCUCGGUCAUUCACAAGCUGGUCCCUGCUGAAGGUUCCAUCACCGGUGGCACUGAAGUCACGCUUUUGGGGAGCGGCUUCUAUCCCGGUAUGGAGGUUGUGUUUGGUGAUACGCUCGCCACAACCACGACCUUCUGGGGUGACAAAUGCUUAAACUGCUUGACUCCGCCUGCGCUCCAGCCAGGUCUGGUAUCCGUUGUGUUUAAACAUGAGCACCCGACGUUCGGGCCGAUACAACAAAGUCAACCUAUUCUACCUAAGCAACAACUGUUCUUUCGCUACGUGGACGACCGGGAGCUCCAAAUGUACCGUCUUGCCCUUGGAAUCCUCGGACACAAGCUCGGAAACCAAGCAGACGCCUUCCAAACCGCACAGCAGAUCAUGGGUGGCGACACGAACUCCAUGUUCAACCUGCAGAAGGACUAUCAGAGCGGCUCUGGAGGUCACCAGCGGCAGGUUCCGGGGCUGGAUUUGCAGGGGAAGAUGAGUGAUCUUGACUCGAAGAUGUUGACUUACCUGGAGUUUGUCGAUCUGGAUGAUAGUCCACGAGCCCCGAAGUACAACUCACGCUGUACCACUGGGCAGACGCUCCUUCACUUCGCAUCUUCGCUAGGCCUCACACGAUUUGUGGCGGGUCUUCUUGCGAGAGGCGCCAGCCCGGAUGUCCAAGAUAGCAAUGGCAACACGCCGAUGCAUCUCGCCGCGCUGAGUGGUCACGCACACAUCGUCCACAGACUUCGACUAGCCGGUGCGGGUGCCAAUGACCGCAGCAUCCGCGGCUUCACGCCUGCCGACCUCGCGACCUCGCUUGCCGCUCACCAGGCGGCAUUGAUCCCUUCACGCCACUACCGGUCGCGCAGCGUGGGAUCCUUGUCCUCCUCUGGCCGCAGAUACAGCAGCAGUUCCGCCUCGCUAAGCUCCCAGUGGGAAGUCUCAUCGGUGGCAGGAUCUGUCAAUGCUGUCACUGAUGACUCAGAUGAGCUGGACGAGGAGAGUACCGACGCCGAGUCCGAGUCUCCUGUCUACUUGUCUACAUCGAGACGGCCGAGCAUCAGCCAAGACGCAGCAGCAGUCGCUGCUCCUCCACGUCGGUUCCCACUUUCUCGUGCCAACAGCAUUCCCGCAGUGCAAACCCCGGUGGAGCAAACGGCACCGCCGCCAGAAGAAGAUGCACGCCCCUUCUCUCCCCCGGCGGCGCUGGUCGCCUGGCGAAACCAGCUGGCUGCUCAGAUCAACCAGUUCCAACAGAGCGUGUCGAAUGCCUUCCCGCACCUACCCAACCUUCCUCAAUUGCCGCCAAUGCCCGCUUUGCCGGACUACCAAGCACACCCGAUGAUGCGGCGCAUCACCAACCUCGUUCCCCACCGGCCCAACGCGGCCGGAUUGGGUAAGGAAGGCUGGUGGGAUCUCCUGACGGGCAGCAACUCCGCCCCCAACCCUAACCAGCCGCCGUCGUACGAGGAACUCUACCCACACAAUGAAGGGAACGAGGCCGACGAAGCCGCUAUACGGUCAAAGAAGGUCUCACUGCUACAGGCCGCCACCGAGGCUGUGGUCGAUAUGCACUUUGAGGCUCAAGCGGGUUCAUCUUCCUCCUCCCCCGCCGCCGCCGCCGCCGUCACCACUGCCCCUACCCUUACCCCUGUUCCUGAGGAACUCAAAGACAUCAGGAUUGGCAAAAAGUCAAUCUCACGCGAGCAGCAGAAACAACUCCGAGAACAACAUGCCCGGCGCAUGAAGGGCCUUGGUAACGAUCGGAAUCUGUACUUCAUUUGGAUUCCCCUUCUCCUUCUUGUCCUCGGAGCAUGGAUGCGAAAUUUCGUUCCGGGUAUUGGGCGCGGGUUAUCAGACAUGUAUCAGUCUAUCAUGUCCGGUUCCACGCAACAGGCUUUGGAUGUCAGUACAUAG